AUGGUUCAAGAUAUUGCUAUGUGGUUCAGCGAUUCUCGUCGUUCAUGGAGCAGUGUGGCUUCCACAGAUGAGGAAGCUGACAAGCAAGACUUGAUCAAUUACCACGGACCCGAACCGCAGGAGGCCCGUAGACAUAAACGGUCUUCAACUCGAUGCUGGAUCUUGUCUACAGGUCUGUUUGCGUGUAUUUCGGGAGUUCUCCUCACUCUUCUUCUUUCGAAAGAUCGAUUCGCGCUUGACCCGACCUGUAAACCAUGGAGAGACACUGAUCUUCAGGUCGCAUUACAGAAUCUGCGAGACCGGAAAGUCAGUUUCAGCGGAGGGCUGGCAUACGACGAUGUGGGACAUUUGAUCAUCGAGUCGAAGCCUGGAGAUCGGAAAUGGAUUGGAGACCCGACCCCUGAGAUGGAUGCUCUCUGGGAUCAUGUGGCAUAUGGCUCGAUCGUCUUGCUUGAGGGCUCUGAAGCAGCCUCGGUUCGGGACAAGACUGUUUUGUAUGAUGGCUACUGGCUAACAGGCCUCGAUGUCAUCCACCAGAUGCACUGUCUUAACAUGAUUCGGAAGACCUUCUAUCCUGAGUACUAUCAGCUCAAGCCUGCAGUGGGCGCUGAGAGACUUCAUCUCGAACAUUGCUUCGAUUACGUUCGUCAAGCGGUGAUGUGCAACUCCGAUGUCACUCCGGUUCCAUUGACCUGGUAUCCCAGUUCCAAGAAAUUUGGUCCGGACUUUCGCACGACGCACAUGUGUCGGGAUUUUGAAGGACUGCUGAAUUGGUCCAUUGAAAGGAACUCAACGGCCAGGAAGAAGAAGGGGACAGGUGGCGAAUAUACAAAGAACCCCUGGAUGGUGAUGCCGGGUAGUUUAUCUGAAUCAGCUGGCUUGAGCCAUGGUGAACACCAUCAUGGACACUAA